CAUGUUUUGUUAUGACAGAUAGUUCUGGCUUCUGGCUCGUGCGAUAUGUAAUUAUUUGUAGAUAGAAAAGUUUACCAGAUUUUCCACUUUAAGCGAUGUCCGAAGCAAAAAAUUCCAAGGCUUCCUCGGCACUCAUGACUAAGCCGGCAAAUCUAGAGUGUAAAAAUCUGGAAGAGUAUCUCAAGUCUCGUCCUCCGGAAGCAUUGGAGAAACUGUACAACUAUCCUGCCAUUUGUCUAGCUGUUUAUCGUGAACUACCGGAAAUAGCUCGUCAGUUUGUGAUACGGAUACUGUUUCUGGAACAGGCAAUCCCACAAGCGGUUGUAACCUCCUGGGGAUCACAGAUCUACGCAAAGGAAAAUUUGGUUGUUUCUCGCGUGUUAACGGAUCUGGGAGUAUGGCGCAACAUACCCAUACCGGGUGGUCUGGAAGGUCUCGAGUUGUGUCCGACAUUCAAGAAAAACCUCAAAAUUGCACUUCUUGGUGGCGGUCGUCCCUGGUCAAUGAGCAACGCGAUGGAUCCAGAUCAAAAGUCGAGGGAUAUCGAAUUUUUGGAUUCGUAUGCCAUGUCCCGGUGGAGAUGCGUCCUUCACUACAUGGUCGGUGCCGGUAGUUCCAAGGGGAUGGAAGGAGAGGGAAUUUCACCGGAUGCCGUUAGAAUACUGCUGCAUGCAAAUUUAAUGAAGCGCGAUGAAACUGACGGUAGUCCGGUUAUUACCAGGCAGGGCUUUCAAUUCCUGUUGCUGGAUACUCAGGCUCAGGUAUGGCAUUUUAUGCUACAAUAUUUGGAUACGUGCGAAGCUAGAGGAUUAGAUCUCGCCGAAUGUCUGUCGAUGUUGUUUCAACUGAGCUUUUCAACGCUCGGGCGAGAUUACAGUUCCGAAGGAUUGAGCCAAGGGCUGCUUACAUUCUUGCAGCAUCUGCGAGAGUUUGGUUUAGUGUAUCAGCGGAAACGGAAGGAGGGGCGAUUUUAUCCUACUCGAUUGGCACAUAACAUUACUUCGAAGAACGCCAUUCCGACCAUUCAGGAAGAUGAUAGUUCGACUCAAGACAAAGGCUACAUUGUGGUUGAAACAAACUACCGAGCUUAUGCGUAUACGGAUUCUAAUCUGCAGGUUGCUUUACUGGGUCUGUUCACAGAGCUACUAUAUCGUUUCCCAAAUCUCGUGGUUGGCGUGUUAACUCGUGAUUCUGUGAGGCAGGCCUUCCGGGGUGGUAUAACAGCAGAACAAAUAAUCAGCUAUCUGGAACAGCACGCACAUCCGACGAUGCUGAACACGGAACAUACCGUCAAUACCAAGUCAGCCCUACCACCGACGGUUGUCGAUCAAAUCAAACUGUGGGAAAACGAACGAAAUCGAUUCACCUACACCGAGGGAGUGGUGUACAAUCAGUUCCUUUCGCAGGGCGAUUUCAACACACUGCGCGAUUACGCCCAGUCGAUUGGGGUGAUGACCUGGCAGAACGAACGCACCCGCACCAUGGUCGUCACCAAGAACGGCCACGACGAUGUCAAAAGGUUCUGGAAGCGAUACUCAAAGGGUGGAAGCUAGUUCCGGCAGCAAGGGGUUGGGAUUUUCUUUCCUAACAAGAAAUGAGAAAAAAGCUAUGUCGCAUUUGGUUUGCUUUAAUAAAAUUGUAGAACUAGGGGAGAUCUAA